AUGAACGAGUGGGUGAAAGAGAAGGGAUCGACGGAGUUACAAGAAAUGGCAAGUUGGAUGGAUGCAUUUUUCGGUGCUGCUUCCAGAACUGGUCACGCCAGGCAACCCAGGCGAAGUAGCAUUCGUUCAGGAGCUAGGAGAGGAGAAGGAAAGCGGGUCAGGUUUGCUGACCGACUAGUCGUCGCUGAAGAUGAGGAUUAUUUGCAAGAGUUGUACGAUUGGCGAGUGGACGAACGGCUAGCCGGCCGGCAAACGCCUUGUGAAGAAAUGGAGGCGAGUAGACGGUUUUCGAGAAGGGAGUUGAGAAGUAAAUUGGAGAACCCGCGUGUUAAGGAGAGGUAUGGUGAAGCUCGAAGGAGGAGAGCAGCGAAAAAAAGGCGAGAAACAGAAGAGCUCCUGGCGGAAGCUGAAACCUGGGUUGAGGAGUCGGCGGCUCAAAGUGAAGAAGCGAUGGGCGUGGCCAGUAGUAGUACUGCCAGCACAGGAGAAAGCAGCAGCAGUCGGAAGCGGGGAUUAGAGGAAGACGAAGGUGAAGAGAAGGAUAAAAAGAAACCGAGAAAGUAG